UCUCUCCCCCAAAUUUUCUCUGGUUGAGAUAUAAAAUAUAUCUUAGUAUUCUUCCUAUUAUCUUUACUGCAACCCCUGACAUCAAGAUUUGCUCUUCUUCCCCCAAAUUAUUCAGAAAUCAAAACAUUCUUGAUUUAUACUAUUCAAUCAUUUCCCUCUGACAUGGUUUAAGAAUAUUUGUACAUCUUCUCUCUCAUCAGCCUCUCUCUCUCUUGUUUUCAGUUCAUAAAAAUCAAAUCUUUACAAGUUUCUUUGCAAAAAAUCAGAACAAUUUUUAGAGAGAGAGAGAGUAAUUUGGGAGAAAUGCAAGCUGUUCUACAGUCAAAAGGGCUUCUUUCCCUACCUUCAAUUCCAAGAAGAACCAGAGCUUUCAUCACACAACCCUCAUCCGAUUUGAGGUGCAGAUUCAACCCUACAAACCCAAUUCCAAAAUCAAGAACCCUAAAUGGGUUCCCAAAAUUCCCAAAUUUUGUCACAAGACCUCAAUUAAUCUCCCAAAAGAACACAAAUUACCCCAAAUUCAGGGCCGAUGCUGCAGCAUCAUCAUCACCACCAGAUGGGGUCCAGCCCUUGUAUGAAGAUCAAGAAACCCCCAAAUUUAUGGGCAUCGAAACUGUAACCCUAAAAAAAAUCAUACCACUUGGGCUGAUGUUUUUUUGCAUUUUGUUCAAUUAUACAAUCCUCAGAGACACAAAGGAUGUCUUAGUGGUGACAGCCAAAGGGUCGAGUGCCGAAAUCAUACCGUUCUUGAAAACGUGGGUGAAUUUGCCCAUGGCUAUUGGGUUCAUGGUCUUGUACACGAAAUUGGCCAAUGUGCUUUCAAAGCAGGCCCUUUUCUACACGGUUAUGCUUCCGUUUAUCGCCUUUUUCGGGGCGUUCGGGUUCCUGCUGUACCCGAUGAGUGAGUACUUCCACCCCACAGCUCUUGCUGACAAGCUGUUGACCAGUUUGGGUCCGAGGUUUCUUGGUCCGCUUGCGAUUUUGAGGAUAUGGAGUUUCUGUUUGUUUUAUGUCAUGGCUGAGCUUUGGGGGAGUGUUGUUGUAUCUGUUCUGUUUUGGGGGUUUGCUAAUCAGAUUACAACCGUCGAAGAAGCCAAGAAAUUCUACCCUCUUUUCGGGCUCGGAGCAAAUGUGGCGCUUAUAUUUUCGGGCCGAACGGUAAAGUACUUCUCUCAAAUGAGACAAAACCUGGGGCCCGGAGUUGAUGGGUGGGCCAUCUCCCUCAAGGGUAUGAUGAGUAUCGUGGUGGCUAUGGGGUUGGCUAUUUGUUUCCUUUAUUGGUGGGUAAAUCGUUAUGUUCCUCUUCCAACCCGUAGUCUCAAGAAGAAGGAUAAGCCAAAGAUGGGGACAAUGGAAAGCUUAAAGUUUUUGGUGUCGUCGAGAUAUAUUAGAGAUCUUGCCACUUUGGUCGUCGCAUAUGGUAUUAGCAUUAACCUCGUCGAGGUUACAUGGAAAUCGAAGCUCAAAGCUCAGUUCCCAACGCCGAAUGAAUAUUCAUCGUUCAUGGGCGAUUUUUCGACCGCCACCGGAAUAGCAACCUUCACAAUGAUGCUUUUGAGCCAAUGGAUCUUUAGCAAGUACGGCUGGGGAGUGGCGGCAAAGAUUACUCCGACGGUGUUGCUUCUCACCGGAGUUGGCUUCUUCUCCCUCCUCCUAUUCGGCGGUCCUUUGGGUCCCGCUCUUGCUAAUUUCGGGAUGACCCCUCUUUUAGCGGCUGUCUAUGUUGGAGCCAUGCAGAAUAUUUUUAGCAAGAGCGCGAAAUACAGCUUAUUCGAUCCGUGUAAGGAAAUGGCUUACAUUCCUUUGGACGAGGAUACCAAGGUUAAAGGGAAAGCGGCGAUUGACGUUGUGUGCAAUCCGCUCGGGAAAUCCGGAGGUGCAUUAAUACAGCAAUUCAUGAUUCUAACAUUCGGAUCCCUAGCGAAUUCGACCCCCUACUUAGGUGGCAUUCUUCUCGUAAUAGUUCUUGCAUGGCUAGGUGCCGCCAAGUCAUUGGACGGCCAAUUCACCGCUUUGAGACAAGAAGAAGAGCUCGAGAAGGAGAUGGAAAAAGCUGCCGUGAAAAUACCCGUUGUCUCUUCGGACGAAAACGGUUCAAACGGAUCUCUUUUAAGCGGGUCGACCCUGAACCCGUCAGAUGCUUCUUCAUCUGAACCCUCGUCAUAUCCUAAGAAUGCUUGAUUAUUAUUAUUAUUAUUAUUCCUUGAUAGAUUUUCUUUUUUAGGCAUAGAAAUAAGUAGAACUGAAAUACGUGUGUAGUUGUUAGUUGGUAUCUAUAUAUAUCUCUAUUGUGUGAUGUGGUAAGGCUUUUUUUCUCCCUUUAGAUGUUUAAUAGAAAUAAUGUUGAAUUUUGAUUUGGACAGGUUCUUGAAUCCUGUUAAUGUUUAAUACAUUUAUUUUGAACCAA